AAAAACACGGUCUAUAAUUAUUUUACUGUCCAAGAAAACCUCUUCUGAGUGUUAAGAAAGUGAGUUUUUAAGUGGAUUUUCAACGAAAUAAGACAAAUCUUGUGAUGGACAACUCGAAACUGGAGGAAAUUGUGGCUUUCUUGGCAGAAUAUCAAUGGAUUUACAAGAAUUCCAAUACGAAAUUCGUGAAAGCUGGAGUUUUGGAUGAUUUUCCGCCAAAUUGGUUCAAAAGUUUAAUGAAUUUGAGUCACAAUGAGUUGAAUAACAUCCCUUUUGGCAUGAUUCCUGACACUCUGGAUGAGGAACUGAAGGAGUUCCUGAUGAGAAUCUCUCGGCUCUCUAUCAAAGUGUCUUCGAAGGAGUUUCCAAAGUCAUCGAAGACCAUGAGAGGAGUAAAUCCCAAGAAGUUUCAGGAAAUAUCCAAUCUUUCCCGCCAAAUUCACGAUAUUUGCAGAGAGAAGAACAUUCAAUACUUGGUGGAUUUGGGCAGUGGAUUGGGUUAUCUGUGUCAAAUGCUGUAUGAGAAGUUCAACUAUCGAAUUCUGGGCAUUGAAUGUGACGAGGAGCGCGUAAAGACAGCUGAAGAGCGUCAGGAGAAGUUCUUUCCGACUUCCAAAGGAUCUGUAAAGUUCGUGAGUCACUUCGUAACUUCUUCCUCGUGGGAUUUCAUAUCGCAGGAGCUGAAUAAGGUCUUUGGGAUCGACGUGAAGGACACUUCGGUGGCUGUUGUGGGUCUUCACGCCUGUGGAGACUUGACAGUGACUGCGCUGAAGCUGUUCCAGGGCACAGAGGUCAUCCGAGCGGCAAUUGUGAUGCCUUGUUGUUAUCACAAAAUGGCAAUUGACUCUCAGGGCAGACCUGUGAACUUUCCCUUAAGCGGGAGAUUGACGGAGGCCAUGAAGGGCGCCUCAGGUAUCGCAUGCAGACCCUUUCUCAGGCUCGCCUGUCAACAAGCCGUGUCCAGGUGGAGGAGGAUGACGCAGGAGGAGCACAGAGUUCACGGGAGAAAUAUGUUUCAGCGCGCACUGCUCGAUGCUGUGGUGACGGAAGAUCAAGAGAUUCAGCGCGUGAAAGGCGGCGAAAGGGUUGAUGGGGAGGACUUUGAUGGUGCAAUUUGUGGCUUUGAAAUUCGAGAAUGUCGCACAAACGCACUGAUUCCGUGGAAGAAUGAGCACAAAUCAAAGUGGAGAAGUCUCUGUGAUAAAUAUCCGCGUGGUGAUGAGAUUUCUGAGUGUCUCACACUCCUGCAGACGACAAUUCAGGAGUUGUGCGAAAAUGUCAUCCUCAUGGACAGGAAAAUCUACGUCGAAGAGACUUCUGAGGCGUUUCACUGUGAAAUCAUGAAGAUUCUGGAUGCAGACACUUCGCCCAGAUGUGUCGUUCUGAUGGCCAUGAAAUCUUGACGAAAAUGUCGUGCCGAAAGUGAGAUCAUCUCUCAGUGAUACUGGUUUUAUUGGCCUUCCAGCGCUUAUCUCUUUAUAGCUUCUAUAGUGUCAUUUUAAGAGCUUAAUCGUCGGUG